AUGCCAAGAGCGAUUAAAAGACCCCCGGAAGUUGAGGAUUUUGAAAAAUGCCAUUAUAGGCAAGUGUUGGUUAACACGUUUCUGGAAAAAUCUAUGCAUUUAUUAAAUCCAAACUUAAAUAUGCCAAAUGGAUAUGCUACAAGAAUGAAUGACAAACCAUCAAUAAAUUUGAAUAGUCAGACAAUGGUACAAAAAGAAAUUGAUUGCAUAAAACAAUUCGAAAGACAACUUCCACCAGAAUAUCCAUGCAUUACAAUAUAUUUUUCUGAUAUGGAAUGUGAUCUAGAAAGGAAAUGUAUAUUGUAUAUUGUAAGAAGAUGGGAUCGAGACGAUCCAUUUGUUAGUAUGUCACCAUUUUUGAAUGAAUUAGAAAGAGAUUAUGGUAGAGGAUGGAAAUUUGAACGAGUUACUAAUCCAAUUAAAGUUGGCCGUAUAAGUACUUCAACAAAACCUAAAUCAACCUUCUGUUUUCGCUAUGAACCAGAUUGUUAUAUAUAUAAGUUUUAUAGCGAUUAAGAAAU